AUGCGCGUGUUGCUGGUGGCAGUGCUGGUUCAACUGACUCGCGCUGCAGAGAUCAAGGCCAUUCAGGUCACCGCAGCUGGUAAUCCUGAAGCGUUGCCCCUUCGACAGGCGGGCUACGUGAGACGAGAGCACCGGUCGCAGGAGUCGAGCCUGGCACAGCUGGUGCCGCAACCGGUUAGCAAGGUUGUGGAAGAUGCCACUGAAGCGGUGUCACAUCUCAAAUCGGAGAGCACGAUUGGUAUCUGGAAGGAGGAGGAGAAACAAGCAUCGACGGCCAUGGCGCUGUCGCUCUUGGCUUCCCUGAGCUUCGUGUUGACAGUCUUCUACAUGUGGAACACUCCGGCUCUCAAAGUCGCCACCCGAAAGAUCCUGGUCUCCAGCAUUUCCCUCUUCUCGGUGGUGCUCUCGUUCAUGGUGAUGAAGAAGGUGUGGAAGCUGAUUGCGGGCUCAGAGUCAAGCAGUGAAACCAAGACACUGAGCGACAUCUUUUCGUUCCUGCGCUUCUUUAUACUGUACAUGCUGCCAAGCAUCUUGCGGAAGCGGCUGGAGAAGCAGAUGGAUACCGACCGAAUACGAGCCUUCCAGAUCGUAGGAGUCCACCUCAUCGGCUUUGCAGGGGCUGAUGCGUUCUCAGAUGUCCUGAAGCUGAAUGUCUUCAGCGCCUCGACUUACGGAUACUUCUUGGGGGUGUGCUGCAUGGCAGCGCUGCUCGGCAUCAUGUCUUGGGCAACGAUGAAGAUCAGGACACGAUCACAAACACCGGAGGCAGCACCUCUCGUGGAAGGGUCCUCCGCGGCAGAGGACGCGACGGGUGAGCCGACACAGGCGGCGAGUGCGACGGCGACUCCUGAAGGGCCCGUAAAUCAACUCCUGGAGACGAUGGAAGUUGAGAUUGAAGGCUUCGUCGUCGGCUUCCUUGUGUCGAUGUGGGUGCGCUUCACCGUAACCGGAGCUUUACCUGGGGCCAAGUAUGGCCGGCAGAUCACCGGUGAUGAUGUGUCAUGGCUGCUUUGCUUCUGCCUGGCCGCCUUCUUCUUCGCCACGUUGCUUGCGGCCUAUCAGGCACGGUUCCCUGCCGCGUCGGCAACCACAAGAGUGCAAUAUUUCCUGCAACGAGCUCGAAGGAUGCUGUCAAUGACCACGCUGAUGUCCUUUGCUUGGCUUGCAUUUUUCCUUUGCCAGUGGCUGCUGUGGCACGUCACGGCUGAUGGCCCAAACGGCUCCCACCACACGGCCAAGCUGACAGCCUCCAACGCCCUGGCUCUGCUGGCAUCUGCUUCAGUCUUCCUUCCAAUGAUGGCGCUCAACCUGGUGGGGAAAGCAGAUUGGCUUCUCUACAGCUCGGAAGCCUUUGUGAAAGUUGCUGCCCUCGUGCUGGGCUUCUCCUGGGAGACAGCCGUGUACAUGGUCGUGCAAGGAGCCUCCGAGAGCACGGAAGGUGAGGCCACGAAGAAGUUGUUGGGGAUUGCGACGAUCUUGUUGAUCCUGCUUCUCAUUCUGCCCGGGUGGUACAUGCACAUGCUUCCUGAGAUAAAGCCAUCGAAAGAGGACCAGGAGCAAGUCCCCGAAGAGAAAGCAGCCGAACCGGCCGAGGUAUCCACGUGA